AUGACUCUCGCCUGGAUCGCCGCCGUCUUCAUUCUCCUGGCCGCCACAAAAUUCGAGCCAGUCGAGGCAUCGUGUUGUUGUUGCCCGUGUUGUUGUUGUUGCUGCAAGCCUUGCUGUUGCUGUUGCUGUAAGUGCUGUUGCUGUAAGUGCUGCUGCUGUAAGUCGAUCGGUGACGCGUAAGACCGUUCCCCUUACCUUAUCCUCCCAGAAAAUGUAUAUCGUAGGAUUGAGUAGCGUGUGCUCUGCUGUAUGACUUACAGUAAGACACUUAUAGGUGAUGUAGUUAAAUUUUAUAAUUUUUGAAGCCUUUUUUAAUUAUUUAAAUUUAUCAUUAAUGUAAACAUACUAUUAACACAGUCAAAAGCUUCAAAUGUUUUCUUAAGAAAUUAUAGCACAACUUAGGCUUUCCCUUAAAACUUAUCCCUCAAGUUUGUCUACAUCAAUAUUUAAUCGACCAUUUCAGGCCCUUGCUGCUGCUGUUGUUGCAAACCUUGCUGUUGCUGUUGUUGCAAGCCAUGCUGCUGUUGUUGUUGCAAACCUUGCUGUUGUUGUAAGGAUUUCUUUCUUGCUAUAGGACUACUUUCUUCAAAUAACCUACUCAAUAUGAUUAUUAGCAACAUAUAUAUAGCAAUCGUUUUUUUUUUAAUUUUUUUAUUUUAAACAACUCAAUUUUGCAGGCGGUGGACGUCGUCGCCGUUCAUUGGCCGCCGCUGCUGCUCGUGGUGCUUUGGGUAACGCUUCGUCGGUGCCACGCGCCGAAGCCGUGGGAUCCCGCGCCGCCCGCUCAUGCGGAGACUGCAAAUGCGAAGACUGCAAAAACUCGCCAGCCGCCGGAGGCUGCCAAGCCGGCCCAGCCAACCGACAGUGCCGUCAAUGCACACCAGCCGAAGAGAAGGCCUGCCUCGCCAUGGUCCAACAACAACAGCAACACAAAGGAGCCCCAGCCACCGGCUCGCACUCAUAUAGAAAGUUCAAGAGAGCCAUUGCUGCCCAAAAGAACCAACCCGGAUGCCCAACUGGACAAAACAACAAGCAAUGCAAAUGCUAG